UUCAAAUGUGCUCUAUUUUCCUUUUGCAAAAUAGUAUAUUAGAAUCUAUGAGUUCAUGACCUUAGUCAUUGCAUUACAAGUAUCCGGUAGAGGAGGAACUUCCUGAAAAGAACAAUAUGUAGUUUUAAUGCCAAAUAGGUGAAUCAUCAGAGUGAAAUCUCCUUACUUUUGAUGAGUUAACUGAUAGAUGCUGGCCAUCUUUAAUUUGCUAAUAUGUGCAGUAUGGAUUCAUAUAAAGGAAGAAGUUAAAAAGAGGCAGAUUCUCAGUAGAAAAAAAGCUCAUUGAAAGAACCAUAUUCUCCUUAUAUCAGCUGAAAAUUUGAAUUGAAAAAUAACUACAUAGCUUUCAUGGAAGCAGAUCACUCAGUGUCAGGUACCUUGUGACACAUCCUCAAUAACAGCAUUGUACCCAAUUACUCUCUUCUUUGGAAUAGAGUGAACUGAAACUAUAAGCAGUUUUAGAACAGUUUAGUUUAAAAAUACAAUGUAAACAAUUAACUUUGCUUCUUUUUUUUUUUCCAAAUUUCUUUCUACAUUCUCGAUUCUGCAUAUAGGUCUGUGACGUUGGGACCUUUUAACUGAAAUCAGCAUAUAGGACUGAUUUGUUAUAUCGGGCAUCAAAUAAUAACUGUAAUAUUGAAAGGGGGAAAGCAUGGCUGAGUAAUAGGGUAAGUACUUGAGGUACUGAAGCAUGGAUUUUGUCCUGCAGCUUCUAUUCUUAUGCCCUUUAGCCAAACACCAUCUUGAUAGCUUGUUCCAGCUCAGUGCUCUUCACUAUUCUUUUGUUAAAUAUAAUAAAUGCUUUUUCCAAAUGAAAGAGCAUUUGCACAUGCCCUGUUCCCAGUCCACAGUGACCUUCUGCCUAUGCUUAGGUAUUCUCUUCAUGUUUCUUACCAUAAAAUCAUAACAUCUUUCUGAAUUGCUCAUGUAAAAAACAAUAAUGGCAUGACAGAGGAGAGUAAAUGAACAACAAUGGCCAAAGUGACAGCUGCAAUCCAAGAAUUCAAGGAAAAAAAUCAGCAUUCCAUAUGUUGGGUUCUGAUAUCUGCAAAUGGGCAUGGAAGAAAGGAAGGAGAGCCAAGUUUGUGCAGUUCCAGAUGGAUACAGAGAUGCAGCUGUGGAGAAGCAAUUUGUCAUCUGUGCUCCAUCAGUUGAUUGGCUUCCCUCAGUGUGAGCCAUGGGAGGAGCGUGCUGCAAAAGUGAAACACACAUGCAGUGAGGGAGCAGCAGCAGAAGAGUAAUUUAAUUCCAGCCAAACUAUUUAUUUUCCUUUUGUAUAAAAAAACCCCUGAAUUUCAAUGUAUGGUCUGUAAAAUAUUCUUCUGCUGGAAUGGAACUCCUCUCUGUAAAAGUGAAAAAAGGGAGGCUGGAUAAAACAUCUGAUACAUCCAAAACGUACAUUGUUUUAAAAGUUCAAAAUUUAAAAAGCACUACAAUAGAUAGAAGAGGAAGGGAGCCUUGCUGGGAACAAGACUUCAUGUUUGAAAUCAGUGCUGAUGGAAAGGGUUUCAUUAUAGAGCUGUGGAAGAAAGGCUUGCUCUGGGAUAGCAUUUUAGGAGUUUUAUGGAUUCCCCUUGCCACUGUGGAAUAUGCAACAGAUGAAGGCCCAGGUUCCUGGUGGAGAUUGCAUUCUGAAGUAAUAAAAAAUGGAAGUGAGAUUCAAGGCACAAAGACUCCAACUUCUCAUGAGAUCUUACUAGAUGUCUACUUUGCAUUGCCAUUUGAUACACCCACAGAUUUAGAUUGCAGAGGUUGGCACAGAGAGACAUCCCUCCAACAUACAAGACAUUCACAUCAAGAUACAAAUGACAGCCAGUCAUCCAUGGAAAGCAAACUCAGGGGAAAUACAGACCAAGAUAACGGAGGUAAUUUUGCAAAAGCAAGAUGGGCCAGGGCUAUUCAGAAGGCUCGGUUAGUAAGUGCAAGUUCCUUGGAUGCUUCCAAGCUUUAUGCGGUCCAAGCAUUUGCUGGUCGUGGACUGUAUGGAAUUGACAGCAUGCCAGACCUGCGAAGGAAGAAAUCUUUUCCCAUUGUUCGAGAUGUGGCUAUGACACUUGCAGCUCGAAAAUCUGGUAUUUCCAUGGCCAUGCUCAUCCGGACCUCCAUAAACACUGAUGAAAUGAAAAUACAUGUCUUCAAGAAGACCCUGCAGGCUUUGAUCUAUCCAAUAUCAUCAACUACACCUCAUAACUUUGAAAUCUGGACAGCUACAACUCCCACAUACUGUUAUGAAUGUGAAGGCCUCCUUUGGGGCAUAGCCAGACAAGGCAUGAGAUGCACCGAAUGUGGUGUCAAAUGCCAUGACAAGUGCCAAGACCUCCUAAACGCUGACUGUUUGCAGAGAGCAGCUGAGAAAAGUUCCAAACAUGGUGCAGAAGACAAAACACAGAAUAUUAUUAGUGCUAUGAAGGAAAGAAUGAAGAUUAGAGAGAAAAAUAGACCAGAGGUGUUUGAAGUUAUCCAGGAAAUGUUUAAUAUUUCUAAAGAAGAUUUUGUACAAUAUACAAAAGCAGCAAAACAAAGCGUUUUGGAUGGAACAUCCAAAUGGUCAGCAAAAAUAACUAUCACAGUUCUUUGUGCUCAGGGCUUACAGGCUAAGGACAAAACUGGCUCAAGUGACCCAUAUGUUACUGUGCAAGUUGGCAAAAACAAGCGAAGAACAAAAACUAUUUUUGGAAACUUGAAUCCAGUAUGGGAUGAAAAAUUCUAUUUUGAAUGUCAUAACUCUACAGAUAGAAUAAAAGUAAGAGUAUGGGAUGAAGAUGAUGAUAUCAAGUCUAGAGUAAAACAGCAUUUCAAAAAGGAAUCAGAUGACUUCCUUGGGCAAACCAUUAUUGAAGUAAGAACACUGAGUGGAGAAAUGGAUGUAUGGUAUAAUUUAGAAAAGCGAACCGAUAAAUCAGCUGUCUCUGGUGCCAUUAGACUGAAAAUCAAUGUUGAAAUUGAAGGAGAGGAGAAAGUUGCUCCCUAUCAUGUGCAGUACACCUGUCUACACGAGAAUCUCUUCCAUUACUUGACGGAAGUGAAGUCCAAUGGAGUGGUGAAAAUCCCCGAAGUGAAGGGGGAUGAGGCCUGGAAGGUUUACUUUGAUGAUGCUGCACAAGAAAUUGUGGAUGAGUUUGCAAUGCGCUAUGGAAUUGAAUAUAUUUAUCAAGCUAUGACGCACUUUUCCUGUCUCUCUUCUAAAUACAUGUGCCCUGGUGUUCCAGCAGUUAUGAGUACAUUGUUGGCCAAUAUAAAUGCUUUCUAUGCUCAUACAACAGCAGCAACUAAUGUAUCUGCCUCAGAUCGCUUUGCUGCUACUAACUUUGGGAGAGAAAAGUUCAUAAAGUUGCUGGAUCAAUUGCACAAUUCUCUGAGGAUUGAUUUAUCCAAAUACAGGGACAAUUUUCCUGCCAGCAAUUCUGAAAGACUCCAAGAUCUGAAAUCAACUGUGGACCUGCUUACCAGCAUUACUUUUUUUCGGAUGAAGGUCCUGGAAUUGCAGAGCCCUCCUCGAGCCAGUACUGUGGUGAAGGACUGUGUAAAAGCCUGCCUGGAUUCAACUUAUAAAUACAUUUUUGAUAAUUGCUAUGAUCUCUACACCCAAUUAGUGGAUCAGAGUAAGAAACAAGAAAUUCCUAAAGAAGAACAGGGACCAACGACAAAGAAUUUGGAUUUCUGGGCACAGCUGAUUACUCUAAUGGUCACCAUUAUAGAUGAAGAUAAAACAGCAUAUACACCAGUCUUGAACCAGUUCCCUCAAGAGCUGAACAUGGGAAAAAUCAGUGCUGAAAUCAUGUGGACUCUGUUUGCCCAGGACAUGAAAUAUGCUCUGGAAGAACAUGAAAAGCAGCGAUUAUGCAAAAGCACAGAUUAUAUGAAUUUGCACUUCAAAGUGAAAUGGUUUUAUAAUGAAUAUGUGCGAGAACUCUCUGCUUUCAAGGAUGCAGUGCCUGAAUACUCUCUGUGGUUUGAACCAUUUGUCAUACAGUGGCUGGACGAAAAUGAAGAUGUCUCAAUGGAAUUUCUGCAUGGAGCACUAGAAAGAGACAAAAAAGACGGGUUUCAGCAAACAUCAGAUCAUGCCCUCUUCUCUUGUUCUGUGGUUGAUGUCUUCACACAGCUCAAUCAAAGCUUUGAGAUUAUUAAGAAAUUGGAGUGCCCUAAUCCAGAAGCACUAUCUCAUUUAAUGAGAAGAUUUGCAAAGACUAUCAACAAAGUACUUGUUCAGUAUGCUGCAAUUAUUUCAAGUUACUUCAGCUCCUAUUGUGAUAAAGAAAAUGUGGCCUGUAUCUUGAUGAACAACAUUCAGCAAUUAAGAGUUCAGCUUGAGAAAAUGUUUGAGUCCAUGGGAGGGAAGGAGUUGGAUCCUGAAGCUAGUGUUGUUCUAAAAGAACUUCAGGUGAAACUUAGCAAUGUAUUGGAUGAACUCAGUGUAACGUAUGCUGCAAGUUUCCAGUUUGUUAUUGAAGAUUGUGUAAGACAAAUGAGCAAUGAACUGAAUCAAAUGAGAGGAAAUGGGAAUGCAGCAGCCAAUAAGAACAGCGCAGCCAUUGAUGCUGAGAUUGUGCUUCGACCUCUCAUGGAUUCUCUGGACAAAACUUUAAGUGUCUCUGCAAAAAUCUGUGAGAAGACAGUUCUGAAACGGGUUUUGAAAGAGCUCUGGAAGUUAGUCUUAAACAAAAUAGAAAAACAAAUUGUACUUCCACCACUGACAGACCAAACCGGGCCCCAGAUGAUAUUCAGUGCAGCCAAAGACCUUGGACAACUGUCAAAACUCAAGGACCAUGUGAUCCGAGAGGAAGCCAAAAGCCUGACCCUGCGGCAGUGUGCAAUAAUGGACGUGGCCCUGCUUACUAUAAAGCAAUACUUCCAUGCUGGAGGAAGUGGGCUGAAAAAGAAUUUCCUGGAAAAGAGCCCAGACCUACAGUCCCUCAAAUACGCUCUCAGCCUUUACACACAAACUACUGACGCCUUGAUAAAGAAGUUUAUAGCCACACAAACUUCUCAGAGUCAAACUGCUAAUAAUUCAGUGGGUGAGAUAUCUGUACAGGUGGAUAUCUCUACCCAUCCUGGAACUGGUGAGCACAAAGUCACUGUGAAAGUUGUAGCAAUUAAUAACCUAAAUUGGCAAACAACAGCUAUGUUCCGGCCCUUUGUGGAAGUUUGCAUAUUGGGUCCUAAAUUAAGUGACAAGAAAAGAAAACAUGGAACCAAGACAAAGAGCAACACCUGGUCACCAAAGUACAAUGAAACUUUCCAAUUCCUGCUGAGUAACGAAGAUAAGCCAGGAGCCUACGAGCUGCACCUGUCAGUGAAGGAUUACUGCUUCGCCCGGGAGGAUCGCGUCCUCGGCAUGACCGUGAUCCAGCUGCAGGGCAUCGCCGACAGGGGCAGCUGCGCCUCCUGGUACCCCCUGCUCAGGAGCCUCGCCGUGGAUGAGACUGGCUUAACAAUCCUUAGGAUACUUUCUCAAAGGAACAAUGAUGAAGUCGCUAAAGAAUUUGUAAGACUUAAAACAGAGACGAGAUCUGCUGAAGAAACGGCCUAAAAUACCCAAAUAAUGCAAGAUUGUCACCGCCAAGAACAUAAAUACAACGCUGUUGUCUGACUAGUGCAUGCAUGUGCAAAUCUGUGGGAAUGUUUAACUAACUAUGUUUUCAGUGUUUGCCAGUACUUAUGUACUAUAUUUGCAAGGUAUGUCAAGGAGCUGUAUAUCUUUUAUACAUAUUUUGGUCUUUGGUAAAGUAAUUGUUCCAAUGAAGUGCCAAAACUAAGAUUAAGAGUAAGUGUUUCAUCAUCUCUUUUUAAAUGUUGAUUUCACCUCAUCACAAUUUUAUUGUUUUUUAACAUUUAUUAAUAAAUAAGUAGCUUUUUUAAUUGAUAAUAGGUUAUCUCUGUUAAACUGUGUUGCUUAUUCUAAAUUAAGUUACAUCCCUUACUCUUAUUUUAAAAAUGAGGUGUACCUAGUUUUCUUCAAACUCUCAUGUUAUGCAAGCCUCAUUUUAGGUGUCUUACUGAUGACUUUUUCUAUCAUUACUACAGAUGCAGUUACUUAUAGAAAGUGUUUGUAAUUUUAUAAUUACCAAUAUAAAGUAAUGAUUUUUGCAUAAAAACUGAAAAAGGAUGGAAAUAUUUUAUGCUAAUCUCUUUUUCCAACCUUUCAUAAAUAUCACUGUGAAGAAAUGCUGUUAAAGCAGGUUCUCAAGAAGCUGUGCUUAUCAGAGUUUGUUACUGAUGUUUGAUAUCUUGAGAUAACUUUGUUCUUCAAAACUGCCACGGUAAUAUCAUAUUUGUAUUAAAAGAGUAAGUCAGUAUCUGUAGAAACAGGUUGCUGUACAGUACAGUAUAUGUGCUUUAAAAAAGUGAUUUUUUUAAAUGAUAUGGUACUGUACAAGGGGUAGUAGUUUGGAAUAUGUAAUGCUGGUUUGUGGUUUGUUUCUAGAAAUUGUUUAUGAGAAGAAAAGAUGCUGUUAGCAUUUUCACUCAGAGUUAUUGACGUUGCUUUACAUACUUAGCUGUAACAUCAGUUAAGUGCUUUAUUUCUUUAAUUUUUUUUAGAAAAGUUCAACAGUUUGUACUUAUGCAACAUUACUAUGUAUUGCACUAAAGCAAACUCUGUGUCCUGUAAAUAUAUUUAGUGAGGAAUUGUAAAAUAAAGUAUGCAGAAACUGCUUUCUAGUUUUGUCAUUUGAUAUUAUUUAUGUAACUAUUGGUUUUAUGUGCAUGUGAAGCCCAUGGAGUGGGCUGACUAUAUAGCUUUAUAAUAUAUUAAAGUAUGGUUUGCAUUGUC